UUCCAAACUGUUUGCUUUCUUCUUCAAUUCUGAAUAUAUAUAUACAUAUCAUCGAGCAGCAGUAGGAGCAGUGAGCACAAGCAGGGUAGCGAUCGCGAUCGAUGGGGAGGUCGCCGUGCUGCGACAAGGCGGCGGUGAAGCGCGGGCCAUGGACGGCGGAGGAGGACGCGCGUCUCCGGUCGUACAUCCAGCAGCACGGCACCGGCGGCAACUGGAUCGCGCUGCCGCGCAAGGUCGGCCUGCGCCGCUGUGGCAAGAGUUGCCGCCUCCGCUGGCUCAACUACCUCCGCCCCGACAUCCGCCACGGCGGCUUCUCCGCCGACGAGGACCGCCUCAUCUGCGCCCUCCACGCCGCCAUCGGCAGCAGGUGGUCCGUCAUCGCCGCGCACCUCCCCGGCCGGACCGACAACGACGUCAAGAACUACUGGAACACCCGGCUCAAGAAGAGGCUCCUCGCCGCCGGCAAGCCGCAUGGAGGAGGUGAUCAUUAUCCGCAACUCCCUCACGCCGCCACCACCAGCCAGCUGUACGUUACCAGCAGCGCCGGCGUGCACGUCGGAGUUGGAGCCGGAGGAAGCAGUGUCAGUACUACGACAAGUGCCACCAGCGUCGCGAGCCACGGCUACGACGACGUCUUCGCCGCCGGUCUGUCGUCGACGACGGCAACUGCUACACCCUACUCGAUGGCGGAGACGGAGCUCGACGGGAUAUUCCGUUCAACCGGCACGAGCGGCGGCGGCGGCGGCGAUCGCUCAUCGACAGCUCAUGGUCAUAGCACCAGCACGGACGCGCUGAUGAUGAACUGGUGCAACCAAAACCAGCAGCAGCUUGACUUUGGGUUGCCUUACUGGUGAUAAUAAUAAAUAAAUAAUGCAUCCAUGAAUCGUACAUUUGCAGACACGAGAUGUCAAUUAUGUUUUCUUACAAUUGAUUGGUAAAU